AUGUCUUCAAAUACUAUUAUUCAAACAUUAGAAUAUUCAUUUGUUCUUGAUCCAAAGUUUACUAAUACCGACAUUAUCACUUAUUAUGAAACUCAUAACGGUAUUUGGAGAGACUACACUGCCGAAUCAUUAGACGCUACCAUUUCUUAUAAGAUGAUUGAUAACUUGCAUGUCUUGCAUAAAAUUGUUAGAAGAAUCAACAAUAUUCAAUCCAAACUUGGAAAAUCUACCAAGAAUUACAUUACCAUUGUUGAUCCAUCAAUUGCUAAUCCAUUAAUUUCAGUAUCUAUUCAUGGAAAUGAACAAUUCUGUAACGAUGCUAGACACCAAAUUUUGACAAAUUAUAAUCAAGUUGGACACAAGACAUUGAAUUUGACUGAAGUUGAAUUUAUGAGUAUUGAUGAAGCAUUCACCAAUGAUAUGAUUAAAUUGAGUCAACGUUAUGAUGUUGAACUUAUCAUUAACAAUGAUAAAAACUCAUUCCUUCAACAGCAACACAAAUCUUCUAAUCACAAAGAUUUUUCGUUGCAUAUUGUUGGUAAAAAAGAUAAUAUUACCUUGUGUGAAACUGCAUUGAGGAUCUUGAUUGAUUCAUUGUUGAAUGGUUACACUAUUGAUUGUAUUGAUAUGUCAUUAUCCAUGAUUCCAGUUCUUGGUGGUGUUGAUUUAUAUAAUUUCCUUCAAAUUGCAAAGCAAACUAAAGCUAACAUUUAUGUUCCAGAAUUAUUGCCAAACUUGUUUAAUUCAAACAUUAUUUCCAACAAUAAAGAUUUGAAAAUUUGGAUAACUGCUAAGAACAUUAGUGAAUUAUUAUUAGCCAAACAUAUUUUGAAUAAAUUAAUUUCUGACAAGAGAGAAUUAAUAACCAAGACCAUCACCAUGAAUAAAAUCAAACUUGAUAGUAUAAUUUUGAAUAACCAAAAGGACUUGUUGAAUAUCAUGUUUAAAUAUGGAGUUUUCAUUCAAUUGCCAAGUUUGGGAGAAUUGAACAAUGCCACUAUUACUGUCCAAGGAUGUAUUCCAGAAUCAGUUAAUGAUUGUGUUAACGAUAUUAAUGGUAUCGCAGCCAAUUAUUACUCUAUGGAUGCUGUUUGUCCAAUAAAUGAGUUGGCAUUAACCCAAUUGAUUCAAUUAAAGAAAACUUGUGUUGUUACAUUCAAUCAAUUUGGUUUACAAGUUGUAGGUCGUUCCGAUGAAUUUAAACCAAUUUUGGCUCAAUUGGCAUCAAACUCCAUGGCUAUCAAAUUGAGAUUAGAAAUGGGCAACGAUCAACGUGAUUUUAUUACUGGUAAGAAGAAUGGUAAGUUGAUUAAAAUUUUGAAUCAAUUACAAAACAUUCCGAAGAUCAACUUCACUGCUUUCAAUGAAUACAAUUUUUACAUUGAUGUUGAAGUUACUAAUAAUGUCCCAAUCGUUGUUCAAGCUUUAGAGUUGUUGGAAUUGGAAAUGCCACUGGAAUUGAAGUUCAACAUCCCAGAAGUUUUCCAUAAAUCAAUCAUUGGUAAUGGUGGUUCAAUUAUUCAAGGUAUUAUGAAGAAAUUCAAUGUUUACAUCAAGUUUUCUUCCAACAAAACUUCACCAAAUGCUUACUCCUUGAAAAGAACCAAUAAUGUUUUAAUCAAAUGUCCAAGAAAGAAUGCAAAGAAUAUUCAAUUGGUUAAAUAUGAAAUUGAUCAAUUAGUUUACAAAUGCUGCAUGAAUUAUACUACUCCACAACCAAACACUACCACUACAAUCUACCAUUCCAUCAAAUUUGAGUUGUUAAAAUCACAUUACCUUUUGCUUAUUAACAAUAACAAACUUGGUCAAGUGAACAAAAUAGAAAGUGAUUACCAAUCAUUUAUCAAUUUCCCAGCUUCAAUUGAAGAUUUCAAAAACAAUAGCAAAUUGGUAAUUGAUAUGAAAGGUUCAGAAUCCAAAGGUUAA